UAUUCACGAUGUUUACAGUCGACGAAUGACAGCAUAACCUAGAAAAUGUCAUUUUAGACCAGCUCUGCUUUCGUUCGAGGAGCGACUGUGAUGCUAACGCUUGUGUAGCUUAGCAGUUAGCCGCUCGUCAGUUAGCUAAGGGAUCGUUAGCAUACUUCCUCCCAUUCAGUGCUCACUUUGCUCUUAUUAGCCGUUUUAGUCGGAAUAUCUUGCUGAAAUUGCAGUGAUUUGGCGGCUAGGCUAUAUAAGUCGUUGUUAGGUGACACCGUACAGACGUCGGUGAAAUAGUACAAGACGAGAGAAGGAUUAGCGUCAAAAUGUGUGAUGGCGUGAUCAGUCCAGGUCCGGUCCUGCCCCCAUCAUGACCGAGUGCUUCCUGCCCCCCAGCAGCAGCCCCGCCGAGCAGCGGCGUGCCGAGCACCCGGGCGGCGUGGCCCGCACCCCCAGCUCGGAGGAGAUCAGCCCCACCAAGUUCCCGGGCUUGUAUCGCACCGGCGACCCGUCCCCGCCGCACGAUGGCCUCCAUCAUGAGGUGCCGGACGCCUACGUCUCAGACGACGACAAGGAGCACGGCAAGAAGAAGAACAAGUUCAAGAAGAAGGAGAAGCGCACGGAGGGAUACGCCGCCUUCCAGGAGGACAGCUCGGCGGACGAGGCGGAGAGCCCCUCCAAGAUGAAGCGCUCCAAGGGCAUCCACGUGUUCAAGAAGCCCAGCUUCUCCAAGAAGAAGGAGAAGGACUUCAAGGUGAAGGAGAAGGGCCCUAAGGAGGCCAAGGAUAAGAAGUCCAAGGACCUCACAGCCGCUGACGUGGUCAAGCAGUGGAAGGAGAAGAAGAAGAAGAAGAAGCCUGUCGCCGAGGCUGAGCCCGUGCCUGUAGAAGCCCCCGCUUUCAGGCCCAUCUUUGGUGCCCCCCUGGCCGAAGCAGUGAAGCGGACCGCCCUGUACGACGGCAUCCAGCUGCCGGCCAUCUUCAGAGAGUGCGUGGACUACAUCGAGAACUACGGCAUGAAGUGUGAGGGCAUCUACAGGGUCUCAGGCAUGAAGUCCAAGGUGGAUGAGCUGAAGGCGGCGUACGACCGCGAGGAGUGUCCCUGCCUGGAGGAGUACGACCCCCACACGGUGGCCAGCCUCCUCAAGCAGUACCUGCGCGAGCUUCCCGAGAACCUGCUGGGCCGCGACUUGGCCCAGCGCUUCGAGGACGCCUGUGGGCGCCAGGCGGAGUCUGACAAGGUGGCGGAGUUCCAGAGGCUCAUGGCCGAGGUGGCGCACGAGAGCCGGCUCCUCUUGGGCUGGCUUGUCACGCACAUGGACCACGUCAUCGCCCGGGAGGCUGACACCAAGAUGAACAUCCAGAACAUCUCCAUCGUCCUCAACCCCACCAUACAGAUUGGAAACAGGGUUCUCUACAUGUUCUUCACCCAUGUGAAGGACCUGUUUGGGGACGUGGUCCUGAGGCAGGUGGUGAGGCCCCUCCGCUGGUCCAACAUGGCCACCAUGCCGGCCCUGCCCGAGGCCCAGGACAGCAUCAAAGAGGAGAUCAGGAGACAGGAGUUCCUGCUAAACUGCCUGCACAGGGACCUUCAGGCGGGAGUGAAGGACCUGUCCAAAGAGGAGCGUCUCUGGGAGGUUCAGAGAAUCCUCACCGCUCUCAAACGCAAGCUGAGGGAGGCCAAGCGCCAAGAGUGUGAAAGUAAGAUAGCGCAGGAGAUCGCCAGCCUCUCCAAGGAGGACGUUUCCAAAGAGGAAAUGACGGAGAAUGAGGAGGAAGUGGUCAACCUUCUUCUGGCGCAGGAAAACGAGAUCCUGACGGAGCAGGAGGAGUUGAUCUCCCUGGAGCAAGUCUUACGACGACAGAUUGCCACUGAGAAGGAGGAGAUCGAGCGUCUGCGGGCGGAGAUCGCAGACAUCCAGAGUCGGCAGCAGGGUCGCAGUGAGACAGAGGAGUAUUCAUCUGAGAGUGAGAGCGAGAGCGAGGAUGAGGAGGAGCUGCAGCUCAUCCUAGAAGAUCUGCAGAAACAGAAUGAAGAACUGGAGAACAAAAAUACCCACCUGAACCAGGCCAUUCACGAGGAGCAGGAGGCCAUCUUGGAACUGCGCGUCCAGCUGCGCCUCCUGCAGAGCCACAAGCUGCAGCAGGAGCUUGCCGUCCAGCCGCCGGCUGAGCAGCAGGCCCCGCCGCCCGCCCAGCCCAGCCCGGAGGCCAAAGGCGGCGACGAGCUGCAGGCCAAGCGUCCUGGCAACACCGCGCCGGCUGCCAACACCAGCACCGUCACCGACGGCUCCGCGCCGCCCUCCGCCAAGGUGGCCAAGGACGCUCCCAAGCCGUCGCCCAGCAAAGACCGGCGAGACGCCAACGUGUGAGGCGUCAUUGCCUGGAAGAAGAUGGGCGAUAAAAAGCUAAACACAAUCAUGUUCCCAUUGACACGGUGCCAAAAUGAGCCACCAUGACAACGCCAAGACAUGCCAAGGAUACGUGAGAGUCCAGUAGAUACGAACAUACACACCUUCAUCACACCUUCGUCAUCACUGGCUAACGCUGCUCUGCACUCCAUCACAUGACUUCAUAUCACAGCGUAUGAUGAUUGCUGCCAUGUGCUUUUUUCAUCUCUCGUCUGAUUGGCUUGUUUGCUAGGUUAUGUUUGCUGGUCAUGCUGUGGUUUCAUCUGGACUCCUAAUGCAACAUAUUCAUCAACAUGACUGUUGUUUGGGCCGUGAGGAAUAAAGAGUCCACUUGA